AGUUCACAGGCAUAGAAGAACUAACAUAACACAAAUUCUCAUCUCUCUUUUUUAUCUAUCCAAAAUGGCUUCCAUUGCCAAAAAUUUCUCCCUCAUUUUCCUCCUUACUCUCUUGUCCUCACUCCAAAUUCAUGCAAGGGAUGGCCAAUUUUUCAACAAAGUCCCUAGCAACAAUGGUGAAAAAGAGACACAAACAGUUGUUCCCAACAAAGAGCAAGAGCCAACUUUCAUGCCUGAAAAUGAAAAUGGUGCCUAUGGUCUUUAUGGUCAUGACUCUGUUUCCACCCCCACAACCACUAACACCAACAACCCCAAUGUCAACAAUCUUCCCAACAGCAAAUACCUUCCCAAAAAUUACAACCCUGUUUCUUACGUGACUGUCGCUGAAGACGACACAAACAAAAACAAUUUCAACAACAACAACAACAACGAGUUUGCGACCAAGCACACUACUGCCACUACCACCAACACAAAUAACAACCAAUUCUACAGUGGUCCCACCAAUUACCGCAGCAGCAACAACAACAACAACAACCAAGAACAGUACUAUAAUGGCGUCAGUGAUUUUAGUACUAAGAACCACCACAACAACCAGCAGCAACAAUUCUACAGCGGCGACAGCCUUUACAGCAACAACCAACAGUACUACAACAACGACAACACCAACAACAUUAAUAACAACAACGACGACGACGAUGAGGAGCAGUACUAUAACGCUGCUAACACUUACUACAACAACAACAACAACAAUAACUACCAGCAACAAGGGUUGACUGAAACAAGAUUGAGUGCUAGGAGUUACAGCACCAACCCAACAAAUUACGGAAACAAUUACAACAACAACAACAACAACAAUCAAGAACAGAGCUACUCUGCUAAUUACAACAACAACAACAAUCAAGAACAGAGCUACUCCACCAACUACAAUAACUACAACUCUGGCAAGGCUAAUUACAGGGUGCACCAGCAGCAAGGGAUGAGUGACACAAGGUUCUUGGGAAAUGGGAAAUUCUACUAUGAUAUAAAUGCUGGGACACAUGCAAGGAAUCCAUAUGAAAAUGCAAGGGAAUUUGCUGCAAUGAACCAACAGUACAACAACAGGAACUCUUAUGGCACCAAUGAGUACAACAACAACAACUUUGAGAAUGAAGCGGAGUUCGAGAACAUGCCUUGAACAAUUGUUCAACAAUUGAAAACAAAAUUGUUAUAACCACAGUGAGCCAAAAUAUAUGUUAUGUGUCCCAGUUAUGAUUGAUGUUGUUGUCCUUUUUUUUUUUUUGGUUCUAAGUUAUUAGAUAAAGUGUUAAUUAAACAACAGAUUAUUUUUGGGUGUUUUAUGUAUAAUUAUGAUGGAAUUCUAAUGAUAUAUGGCUAUGAAUAUAGGUUUUUGUA